GGAUGUGGAUGAACAGUAAUCCAAUAGACUGGUGCCGUCGGAUAUAGUUCGCGGGUAGUUGUGCGUUGUACCAUAAGGAUUAAUGGCGGAGAAUAGUAUUGAAUUAUUGAUAACGCUCUUGGGAAACACGACGUACGGCGUGUUCAGUCCAAUCUUGUUUUCUGGCUUCCACGAAUUUCGGUGCUCGUUUUGUUUCUGCGACUGGAGAUAUGGUGGGAGUGGAUUACUUGGCCGGAGAGAGAAGGACGGCGGAGUUCGACGUCGCCGCGAUGAAGAUCGUGUGGGCCGGCUCUCGCCGCGCCUUCGAAAUCUCCGAUCGCAUCUCCAAGCUCGUUGCCAGUGAUCCUGCCUUGAGUAAGGAUGGCAGGACUGAGAUGGCCAGGAAAGAACUGUUUAAAAACACUCUAAGGAAGGCUUCCUAUGCAUGGAAACAGAUCAUUGAGCUUCGUCUGACCGAGGAAGAGGCACUGAUGCUAAGGUUCUACAUUGAUGAGCCUGCUUUUACUGAUCUUCAUUGGGGGAUGUUUAUCCCUGCCAUAAAAGGUUCAGGCACAGAGGAGCAGCAAAAGAAGUGGUUGACAUUAGCCUACAAGAUGCAAAUAAUUGGCUGCUAUGCACAAACUGAACUUGGUCAUGGAUCCAAUGUACGAGGGCUUGAAACCACUGCCACAUUUGAUCCUCAAACAGAUGAAUUUGUCAUUCAUAGUCCCACAUUGACUUCAAGCAAGUGGUGGCCUGGUGGAUUGGGUAAAGUCUCCACUCAUGCUAUUGUUUAUGCUCGUCUUAUAACAGAGGGUAAAGACCAUGGAGUUCAUGGAUUUAUCGUCCAAUUGCGGAGCUUGGAGGACCAUAAACCCCUUGCAGGUAUAACCAUAGGAGAUAUUGGAACGAAAUUUGGCAAUGGUGCAUACAACACAAUGGACAAUGGGGUAUUAAGAUUUGAUCAUGUCCGAAUUCCAAGAGAUCAGAUGCUGAUGAGGGUCUCACAAGUUACAAGGGAGGGAAAAUAUGUGAAAUCUGAUAUCCCUCGACAACUUCUUUAUGGGACUAUGGUGCUUGUCCGGCAAAGUAUGGUACGUGACGCUUCCUAUGCAUUGUCCCGUGCAGUGUGCAUUGCUACUAGAUAUAGUGCUGUGCGUAGACAAUUUGGAUCGCAAAAUGGUGGACAAGAAACACAGGUGAUCAACUAUAAAACUCAACAAAGUAGACUCUUUCCCUUGUUGGCUUCUACAUAUGCUUUCCGCUUUGUUGGUGAGUGGCUUAAAUGGCUGUAUACCGAUGUGACCCAAAAACUACAAGCAGGUGACUUCUCAACUCUGCCAGAAGUUCAUGCAUGCACUGCGGGGAUGAAGUCUUUGACUACAACUGCUACUGCCGAUGGAAUUGAAGAAUGCAGAAAGUUAUGUGGGGGGCAUGGCUACCUCUGUAGCAGUGGACUUCCCGAAUUAUUUGCUGCGUAUGUACCUGCUUGUACAUACGAAGGAGAUAACACCGUGCUACUUCUACAAGUUGCAAGGUUUCUCAUGAAAAGUGUUUCCCGGCUCGGGUCUGGUAAACUACAGGCUGUGGGAACUAUAGCCUAUAUGGGAAGAAUUGAACAGCUAAUGCAAUGUCACUGUAAUGUUCAGCAAGCCAAGGAUUGGCUGAAGCCUAGUACAGUGUUGGAAGCCUUUGAAGCAAGGGCAGUAAGAAUGUCUGUUUCAUGUGCUAAGAAUAUUAGCAAAUUUACUAAUCCAGAAGAAGGUUUUGCAGAACUGACGGCUGAUUUAGCUGAAGCAGCUGUUGCCCACUGCCAAUUAAUUGUUGUUUCCAAGUUUAUCGAGAAAUUGCAGCAAGACAUUCCAGGGAAGGGGGUGAAGCAACAGUUGCAGGCGCUUUGCAGCAUAUACUCACUCUUCCUCCUCCACAAACACCAAGGAGAUUUCCUGGCUGUCAACUAUCUAACUCCAAAACAGGCAUCACUUGCCAAUGAUCAGCUCAGGGCAUUGUAUACCCAGGUGCGUCCAAAUGCUGUUGCCCUCGUCGAUGCAUUUAACCACACAGAUCACUUUCUCGGUUCAGUUCUUGGGUGCUACGAUGGAAAUGUGUAUCCCAAACUUUAUGAGGCAGCAUGGAAGAAUCCUCUGAAUGAGUGUGAUGUACCUGAUGGCUACCAUGAAUAUAUCAAGCCUCUGCUAAGACAACAAUUGCUAGCAGCUAGACUCUGAAGCAACAACUGCAAAUUUUCAUUUCAUUUUCACUUAACAUGUUUCAGUAUGGAGCAGAUGUCAGCUAAUCUCUCCAAUUAAUUAUGAAAGAAUUAUAAUCUCCUGAAUGUUAUGGAUUGUACUAUAAUUUGUCAUGGAAAUGAAGAAAAUUUCCCCCCUCUUUUUCUGAUCAA